AUGGAGUCUGAACUCUUGACGCGUGGUCUGCUGUACCUCUCGCUGGCUGUGGCGGGAAUCCCAGGCAACACCGCCGUGAUCUACGCCUUCCUGUCGGCGCUGCACCACGAGCGCCGCCUCCUUCCUGCCGACGCCAUCGUGCUGCACCUGGCGCUGGCCAACCUGCUGGUGGUGGCGGUCCGGUGUGUGCUGGAGGUCCUGGCGACCUUCCGCAUCGCUAACGUGUUCAACGACGCCGGCUGCAAGGGCGUCAUUUUCGUCUACAGGACGUCGCGCUCGCUUUCCAUCUGGCUGACCUUCGUGCUGAGCGCCUACCAGUGCCUGAGCAUCACGCCGCCGGGGUCGCGGUGGGCCGCCGCCCGGGAAACGUUCGGCCGCUUACUGUGGGCGAUUUUUCUGGCGGUCUGGAUCAUCAACAUCUCUGUGAGCUCGCCGUCCAUCGUCUUCUCCGAGGGCGCCAAGAACGACUCCAAGCUCCUCCAGAACAGCAUCAACGUGCAGUUCUGCUUCGUCAACUUCCCGUCCACCUACGUGAAAGAUGCCAACGGGGCGGCACAGACGGUCCGGGACGUGGUGCCCAUGGCGCUCAUGACCGCCGCCAGCCUGGUGAUCCUGGUGUUCCUGUACAGACACAGUCGGCAGGUGAAAGGUCUGCGAGGAGGCUCUGGAGGAGGCAGGGGCGGUGCGGCGGGGGCGUCGGCCGAACGACGGGCCGCUGUCACCGUGGUGACCCUGGUGACGGUGUACGUGGUGCUGUACGGGGUGGACAACGGACUCUGGGUGUACACCAUCAUGGUGAGACAGACCAUGUCCUCGGCGCUCAUCUCAGACCUGCGGAUCUUCUUCUCGUCGCUCUACGCCGCCACCAGCCCCGCCAUCAUCAUCAUGUCCAACAAGAAGGUGAAGAGAAAUCUGAGGUGGGGCAGAGAGGAGAGAGCCGCGCCCGCUUCUGAGACCGGGACCUCCUCAACGGUCUGA